UACUCCAUUGAGUUGUCAUGUAGUAGUAAUAUUACAAGUGGUCAAUGGCACCGCCUCUCGUCUGUAAGACAGCAUCGAGGGCUUAAGUCAGCCGUGUGGCAGCAAAAGAAAAACGAAGUUAACCCUAAUAGCUUGUAGCCUAGAUAUGCAACUCUGCAACUGCUAAACCUAAUUGUCUAAUUGUUUACCGCUUACAGUUGACGGGUUAUAUAGCUACUUUACUAGAGCUGUUAGCCAUAACCGGAUCAAAUGGUUUUUGAGAAUGCGCAGUCAUGGGUGACAUGAAAACCCCAGAUUUUGAUGAUCUUCUGGCUGCCUUUGACAUCCCAGAUGCCACAGGGUUAGAUGCCAAAGAGCCCAGCCAGGGGAGUCAUGAGGAUGCAGAAAGUGAACAGAAGCAUGCAGGCAUAUGUCUGGAUGACAACUUACUGAGUAACCAAGCUGUCACAACAGCAGAUGUUCCUGUUGUAAGUGUUAUUGUAAAAAACACAACUUGCCAGCAGUUGUUUGAAGGUUUUGGUGAUAAGCUUCACUCAGGACCAGCAUUACAAAAUGGAUUUCAGGGACAAGGGCCUUCCACUGACUCUGUUGAGACAACCAACACCGAUUUCUCCAGGUCAUUUGUCUCUGCUUUGAAUGGUGAGAGUUCAAGAGAGCUUCUUGGAAAGGCACCUAUUCAGCACAAACCUGAUGGAACACCAAUAUUUUUCCACUCGCUAUCUCAUUUUAGUCCCAUCUCCAGUCCUGAGACUGAAGACACACUAUGUAGUAGAGAUGAAAUGCAUCCAAAACAAGAACGACCAUGUUUCCCAGAAGCUUCAGGUUUGAUGGAACCUUCAGUCCUAGACAAUUCAAAAAACCUGGACCUCAGCAUGUUUGAUGACUGUCCAAAGGACUCUGAUAUUAGCAAGAAGACACAAAGGAGCAAAACAGAAAGCAAUAGAAUGGAGGAGCUUUCUGACACCUGUGGCAGUAUUGAAAUAGAUAGAGUACAGAAUGCACUUCCUCCACCAAGUAGUAACCAGAACUUUGAGACCAACUACAAUUCAGGAACCACAAUGGAUGUGCCCACCACUUAUCCACAUGUCAAAUCUCAGACUUCUAAAUUAUCCUCUUGUCUUGAGGCCUUGGUGGCUCUGAAUGCUAGAAAAGAUCUUGGUGAGCAGACUAAUCCCAGAGAAUCAUCAGUGGUUCAGAAUGAUUGCAUGAAAGCUAGCCCCAAGUUUCCCAUAUCACCACGAAGCCCCAGAAGUCCUCUUGAAGCUGUAAAACGGUUUAUGAAACCCUCUGAUAGCCCUGUAAGCAUCUGCAGCAGUGGCAAAUCAUCCCCUGUGGUGGCAUGCGGGUCACCCCCAGCUAUACCCAGGGUGAGAAUUAAGACAAUCAAGACCACGUCUGGGCAGAUUAAGCGUACAGUCACUAGUGUCCUGCCUGAUUCAGAAACAGAUGAAGUUCAUUCAGCAUAUGAAUCCUCUCCAUCACAGAGUGUGAUUAGUGAAGAUUCUUAUAGUAAUAUGUCCCCUCACCAGUCUCAGAGUGCAGCUGUUGAUAGUAUUUUUCAAAUACAGAAUAAAGGUACCCCAUCUAAUGCAUCCCCACAGAAAGUUUUACACAACAAAUCAGAAACAAACUCUAAGAGGAGAGGUACAACACAGCCUAUGAUAGUGUUUCGUAAUAACAGUGGUCGUGUCAAAAGAUCUGCUGCACAUCAGGGCCAGAAACCAAAGAGAUUAUCGGCCACAACAGGUCAUUCAGCUAGCACAAACUUCCUUCCCAAAGCAAUGCACUUAGCAAGUCUAAACCUGGUUCCUCACAGUGUUGCUGCUUCAGUAGCAGCACGUUCCACCUCUCACCCACAAAGUCAAUACACAUUCUCAUCUAUGGUUUACAGUACUGUGCCGUUGGUGCAUCAGGUCAAAACAGCUAACCCUUAUUCUCGCACGUCCAAUAACACAGCAGCAGGAACCUUAAACAAACUGUCAAACACCGUCAACCCUGUGCCUACAUAUGUGCCCAACUUGAACCCCCCUCCAGAGAGCAAUAUCAACCUUCCACCGCAUGGAUACUGCUGUCUCGAGUGUGGGGACUCUUUUGGGGUGGAGAGGAGUCUUGCGUAUCAUUACAACAGGAGGAGUGUUCACAUUGAAGUAGGAUGUACGCACUGUGCAAAGACAAUAGUGUUCUUCAACAAGUGUGCCUUAUUGGCUCAUGCACGGGAACACAAGAGCAACGGCAAGGUGAUGCAGUGCACCCAGCUCCAUAUGAAACCCAUACCAGAAGAAGAAAUGUUUGUACCCCUGAGAGCUGAAACUGUGAACGUGGACUCUUACACCUCAUCUAAAAACCAGCCUGUCCUGCCCCUGUAUCCAGACAAUGUUGUCCGCCAUCGACUCCGAUGUCUGGAGUGUAACAAGCAGUUGCCUGACUACAAAGCGCUUGCAGGCCAUUACCAGAGGCCAUCAGAAGAUGUAGAAGGACUAUUGUGCAAGUUGUGCUCCAUGUUGUUACCCAACAAGUGCAGCUUCAGAGCUCACCAACGUAUUCAUGCACAUAAGUCUCCUUACUGUUGCCCUGAGUGUGGUGCGCUGAGUCGCUCUGCAGACAUACAGAAGCACGUGAAGGAAAACUGUCUGCACUAUGCACGCAAGGCUUGGUACAAGUGUCUUCAUUGUGAUGUGGUUUUCAAGACCCUUCAUGGACAGAAGACCCAUAUUGAAGAGAAACACACUGAGGUGUUUUACAAGUGUUCCAUCUGUCCAAAUGCCUUCAAGACCCCCGACAGCUGUGAAGUUCAUUUGAAGAAUAAACACAGUGCUAGCAAAGCAUCCCCUCAACUAAUCUUUAAGUGUUCAUGUGGAGCCAUUUUCAAGAAAAAGCAAUUACUGUUUCAGCAUUUCCAUCAUAAUGCCAACAAGCGUGUUACGUGCGUGUUCAAGUGUCCAGAAUGUAACUCGGUCUUUUCACAAAAGCAGUUGUUAAUUCAACACUUUAAGGGUGUGCAUGCAGGAAACAUGGCAGAAGAGAUGGAGGACAGUAAGCAGUCUGACUAUACUGACUGGUACAAGGAUGUCCAUUCUGUCCAACAGCAGAAGAGUCGCAGUCCUGUUAAACACACAGAUAGUCCCCGAAAAAAGGCUGAUCAGGACAGCAGGCCUUGUGUCAAGGCCAUCGGCUGGACGUGCGGGGAGUGUCUCCAGUGGUUCCCUGAAAGAGACUCCUACAUUUUUCAUGUGAAGAGCAAACACAGAAAGUCAGUGAGGAAGUAUCCAUGUCGACAAUGUGAGCAGUCUUUCAACUCCACAACCAGUCUGAGAAGACACAUUCGCAGUGACCAUGGUGGAAAAAAGCAGGUCUACACUUGCUGGUAUUGCACGGAUACCAAGACGAUAUUCACAACGAGUGUCAGUUUGAAGAACCACAUUAGUUUAAUGCAUGGAAUCAAAAAUCCUGACCUUGGCCAAAUGCCGGAAACAUCCAUUCAGGAAUCAACGAAGACUUGGGGCAAGGGGCUUCAAUCAGAAAGGGCUGCCCUCGGCAACCAGGAGGAGAGGCAGGUUUGCGCUGAUAGUCUGGAGGCUCCUUCAGUGAAGCGUCUGAAAACUCAGUUUCACUGUUCAAAGUGUGGUUUCAUCACAUACGAUAGUGCACAGUUCAAGCAGCAUAUACCUCAGCAUAAAACUGAUGAAAACACACCUCAGUGCCUUCACUGUGGUCUGUGUUUCACAUCUAUGCUGUCUCUAAGCAGACACCUUUUCAUUGUACACAGAGUCAAAGAGUCCAAGGAGGAGGAGGAGGAGGAGCAGGAUAUAAAGGUUAGGAAGAAGGAGCUGGGUAAUCAACCAGUUAGAUCAACAGAGACCGAUGAGGUAAAUAAUUGGUUACAAGAGCUAAACAAAACUGAGCCCUCAAAGGCAGAAGAACCAGCAAGUCUGCACUGUGACAAGACCACAGACUGUAAUUUAAAACUGAGCACUCGCUCUCAGACACAAUCAGUCUCUCUUCCUUAGUGACGGCCACCUACUUAAUAUCUUGGAGGUGGUGCAAAGUGGCCUUUAAUUUUGAAAUUUCUUUUCAGAGGCCAUGCAGUAUAUUGAAGUUCAUUCUAAACAUUUAAUAAGGAACUUGUAUUUUCAUAAACAAGAGGACAAAAUAAUUUUUCUAUUGUUUUUAUUUAACUUUGCAUGUUGGUGACAUAUUCAUCUUGCUUUUCGGACAUAAGUUCUUAAUGUUUUUAUUGGGGG